CAGCUUUUUAGAAAUAUGAAAGCUCGCGCGGUUUUGACACGUCUUUUGCACACGCGUGGCAUUUUAAACAUUGUUUUGCGAGUAGGAUAAGGGAGUGAAGAGGGGUGAUAGGCGCUUGGCGGAUAACUGGGGUUUCUUCAGAUAAUUUCACCUUGAAUCGAAGGGAAAUGAGGGGGCAUUAUUCAGGUCCCCGCGCUGAUUGAUUACUUAUUAGUCAUCCUCUUUGGAUCCUGGGUCCAUUGAAAAGACAACGCGGAACACGCAAAUGAAUCAACUACUGCUGUUGUCCUUCAAACCUACCAGAAGACUUACUUUUGCCUAAAGAAGGGGGUAAGAAUGGUCGCGGCUUAACAUUAUAGGGGGACACAACAGCAUCGAUUCAUGAGUUCGUUUAGCGCGAACCCUCGCCUUGACAAGCGUGUUUAAAAGCAAAAAAAAAGGAAGAAAAACGGACUUUGGGAGCUCAAACAGAAUAUUGUAUCCGGCACAUUACAAAGUCACUUGGUUGUUUUAUUCGUUGUUCUUCGAGAUUUUGUCAGUGGGGAAAAAAAUAUGAAAGUUUGGACUUUUCUGCCCUGGCUCCCUUGCCUUUUCGUACUCGCCCUGUGCGUUGGGUCAGAGUGCGGGACUGUCUGGAAGAAGGGGCGAUCUAAAAGGGAGCUGGUGAAAAUAAAGGAAGCCAAAGCGACCUUCCCAGGGGCUUGUGCCACACGCCUGCCUCGGGGCAAGCGCUCCGUACCCGGCUUAGAUCGGCGGCUUCCCCGCCAACGUCGUCGCUCCUCUCAAGGUGAAGACAGCGGUUCUGGACAGGGAAACGCGGUUUAUUUUACCGGCAGGGGAGACCAACUACGGCUAAAGCCAGGUGUGGAGAUUCCGAGGGGGAAUUUUACUCUUGACAUGUGGGUCAAGCCAGAGGGCGGCCAGCGCUCGCCUACCGUUAUCGCAGGCCUUUUCGAUAAGUGCUUCUAUGCCUCGAGUGACCGUGGCUGGCUCCUGGGCAUCAAGACGGUCAGCGACCAGGGCAACCGAGACCCGCGCUUCUUCUUCUCUCUUAAGACCGACCGCGCGCACAAGGUCACCUCCAUCCACUCCAAUACCCGCUACCUGCCCGGUCACUGGGUCCACGUAGCGAUCACCUACGAUGGCGUGUACAUGACACUGUAUGUGGACGGGGCCCAGGCCGCUGUGAGCAGAGAACAGUCAGGAGACGUCUUCUGCUCUCUUACCAAGAAGUGUAAGGUGCUGAUGGUGGGUGGAAAUGCGUUGAACCAUAACUACAGAGGUUCGGUCGAGCGGGUCAGUCUGUGGCGACGAGCUCUCACCCAAAGACAGAUCAUAAGGGACAUGCACGGCCAUGAGGAUCUGCAGGACCAAACCGACCUGGUCAUCCGCGAGAAAUUUGAGCACCCAAUCCGAAAGUGGCUGGUGGUGAAGGACGGCAGCUUCCCGCAGCCUGACAACGGCCCCCGGCCCGGAGUUGGCUCUCUGGACACGACCCUGGAGCCCCCAGCCUGCGGCCAGACAGUGUGCGACAAUGUGGAGGUGGUGCGGAACUACAACCGUUUCUGGAGCCUCCGCCGGUCUAAAACGGUGCGCUACCGUGUGGUCAACGUGUUCGAUGAUGUGGGGCGGAGGCCCACGGUGACCGACCGGCAGAUCCACCUGCAGCAUCAGCACCUGAACGAAGCCUUCAGCCCGUACAACAUCACGUGGGAGCUGAGCAUCCACAACGUUAGCAACUCCUCACUCCGCUGCCGUCUGGUGCUGGCGAACUGUGACAUGAGCAAGGUGGGGGACGACGACUGCGACCCCGAGUGCAAUCACACUCUGACGGGCUUCGACGCCGGGUACUGCAAACCCAGAAGCCACUGUCCCCAAAACAAGCUCGGUAACGGUGUGUGUGACCCAGAAUGCAACUGGGAUAACUUUGGCUAUGAUAAAGAUGACUGCUGCAACCCCAACGUGACUGAUGUGACCAAGACCUGCUUCAACCCAGCCUCACAUUUAAGGGCCUACCUGGAUGUGAAGGAGCUGAAAGAGAUCCUGCACCUGGAUGGCUCCACGCACCUUAACGUGUUCUUUGCCAACUCCUCUGACGAGGACCUGGCCGGAGUGGCAACCUGGCCGUGGGACAAAGAAGCCCUGACACAUCUCGGGGGCAUCGUCCUGAACCCAUCUUUCUACGGCACAUUUGGCCACACCCACACCAUGAUCCACGAGAUCGGCCACAGCCUGGGCCUCUACCACGUGUUCCGCGGCAUCUCGGAGAUCGAGUCGUGCAACGAUGCGUGCCUGGAGACAGAGCCUUCACUGGAGACCGGUGACCUGUGUGCCGACACGAACCCCACGCCCAAGUACAAGCACUGCAGAGACCCCGAGCCUGGUAACGAGACAUGUGGCUGCCGCAACUUUGUCCAGACGCCGUUCAACAACUACAUGAGUUACGCAGAUGACGACUGUACAGAUUCCUUCACCCUGAACCAGGUGGCCAGGAUGCACUGCUACCUGGACCUCGUCUAUGCAACCUGGCAGCCCAACUACAAGGCCCCUCCUGUGGCUCUAGCGCCCCAAGUGGUGGACCAGGGGCAGGACGCCAUCACCGUGGAGUGGUUCCCUCCUCUCACGGGUCACUUCUACAACAGAGAAGUGGGAUCAUUGUGUGAUCGAUGUGCAGAAGGUGGAGUCUUUCUCCAGUACGCCUCCAACUCCUCCUCUCCACGGCCUUGCUCUCCCUCAGGCCACUGGAGCCCACGCGAGGCUGAGGGACCGCCCGAUGUGGAACAGGUGUGUGAGCCCAGCGUCCGCACCUGGAGCCCGCACAACGGCAUGGAACUGGGCUUGGUGCCGCCACCGUGCCCUCUGCAGGGCUGCAUGCUCCAACUGGAGUUUGCCCACCCAGUCGUGCCCGAAUCGCUCACCAUCUGGGUAACCUUCUGCUCCCCGGAGGAGACGGCCCUGCCUGCCAUCCACAACAUCAUGCUGCUGACGGUGGGUGGAAACAACCUCUCCCUGGGCCCCAGCUACGUGUUCUGUGACACACCCCUGAUCGUCAGGCUGCACGUGAAGGAGGAAGUGUAUGGUGUGCAGUUCUUCACCAUGGAGCAGCACCUGGAGGUGGACGCCACGCUGCUGGUCUCCAAGCCUGACUGCCCCCUGUGCAGGGACUGCCAACCUCUGCGCUACCGCGUCCUGCGUCAGCCGGCAUUCAGUCAUGCCCCGAAGGGCGUCGAUCUCGGUGACUCCAUGCGCAGAUACGUGGACAGGGACGUGGAGCGCGGGGCGCUGUACACCUAUCAGGUUCAGACCGUGUCCGGACGGGGAGAGAGCGAGCCCUCCCCCCCCCUCGUCCACCGGCUCGGCGUACCCUACUGCGGAGACGGAGUCAUCCAGAGAUCCCAUGGAGAGCAGUGCGACGAUAUGAACUCUCUGAAUGGGGACGGCUGCUCCAGCCAAUGCAAGAAAGAGGCUUUCUUCAACUGUGUAGACGAACCCAGCAUGUGCUACUACUACGACGGUGAUGGAUUGUGUGAGGACUUUGAGCGGGAGACGGGCGUGAAAGACUGCGGCCUCUACACUCCAAGCGGCUUCCUGGACCAGUGGGCCACGUCGGUGGAGGCCUCCCACGAGGAGAGGCUGUACUGUCCAGCAGACAUCGCCGCGGGUUACCCUGCCGUCACCAAGACGUGUCAGUCCAAGGUGUUCGACCUGUCUGACGGAGUUUCCCAGUAUGCCUGGUUUCCCUGUCGUGAGGCCCAGCCAAAGAUCUGGUAUCCCCGCUACUGGCUGAAGGCCUAUUUCUCGCACCCUAUGGUAGCCGCUGCAGUCAUCGUCCACCUGGCAGCUGACGGGACCAGCUUUCUCGAUCAGACACAGUGCAACAUCACCGUGCACUUGGUCGACACCAAGGAAAAGAUGCACAGCCUAGGUGACUGGCGGUUGAGCUGUCGGACCAACCCCCUGGUGAUCCCUGUGAGUCAUGACCUGAGCGUGGCCUUCUACCACACCAAGGCCAUUCUCCUGACCUUCCGCUGUGAGCUGGUGGCCAUCUCGGGCGUGGGCCUGCGUUCCUUCCAGUUCUUCGACCCUAUCACCAUCAGCAGCUGCCAGAGCAAUGAGAUCUACAAUCCCAUGGGCCAGAGUUGCGUUCAUUACUCCUGCGAGGCCAUUGACUGCCAGGAGCCGAAGGUCCGCAAUGCAGAGCUGAGGUGUAGCGGCGGGGGCAGCCACGGCGACGGCUACUUCAACGGGGCUCGCUGCAACGUCACCUGCAACAGCGGCUACGUGCUUCAGAUCCAACGGGACGAUGACCUCAUCAAGAGUCAGUCAGGAUCCAUGGUCACCAUCACCUGCACAGACGGCAAGUGGAACAAGCAGGUGUCGUGCGAGCCGGUGGACUGCGGCCUGCCCGACAAGUACCACGUUCACCCUGCCAGCUUCCACUUCCCAGAGGGCACCACCUACGGCAAGAAGUGCACCUUUCAGUGCAGGGAACCAGCUCAGCUCGUGGGCACUAACAACACGCUGACGUGCAUGGAGGACGGUCUGUGGUCCUUCCCUGAGGCGCUCUGUGAGCUGCGCUGCCCCGCCCCACCCCCUGUGCCCAACGCCGAGCUCCAGACCCUGCGCUGUACCGAAGCGGGCCUCAAAGUGGGCUCCCUCUGCAAGUACAAAUGCAAGCCCGGCUACCACGUCGCCAACAAGCCCAAGAGGCGGGCCUUUAAGAGGCAGUGCACGGAGGACGGCCGUUGGCUGGAGGGCUCCUGCGAACCCGUCACGUGUCCGGAGCCGCCGGCGGUCUUCCACGGAAUGUACCAGUGCACGGACGGCUUCCGCUUCGACAGCACCUGCUGGCUGCAGUGCCACGGGUCGGCCAACCGCACAGCGAGGCCGCCCGCCCCCUGCAAGCAGGGCCCUCACACCAACGUGAUCCGCUGUAGGAAGGACGGGAACUGGACCGGAACCUUCCGGAUCUGUCCUCAGCUGAAGGGCCAGUGCUCUCUACCUCAGAACCUGCACCCCAGCAUCCGGGUCGUCUGCAAGAAGGGAUAUGCCAUAGGAUCAGAGUGUGAGCUUUCAUGCCGGGACAUGAACAACGAUGUGGUCAUCCUCCCCGACAAUAUGACAGCUAGCAGUUUUCUGGAGCACCACUGGAUAAACCCACCCAAAGUCAUGCAUUUGGUGUGUACGAUGGGCCUGAAGUGGUACCCCCACCCCGAGCUCCUCCACUGUGUUCGGGGCUGUGAGCCAUUCCAAGGAGACAACUACUGCGAUGCAAUGAACAACAGAGCCUACUGCAAUUAUGAUGGAGGGGACUGUUGCAAUUCCACCGUCAAGACUAAGAAGGUGAUCCUGUUCCCGUCGUCGUGCGAUGUACGGAGUGAGUGCGCGUGCCGGGAUCCCAGCGCCACGGAGAACCGCAAAGGGGAGCAUGUGCACUCUUUGGGCUGACGGGGCGUGCCCUGCGCCCUCUCCAUGUGCCACAGACUGGGGUAGAGCAAGACAUUCUUCCAGACACGCUUCAAAAGUGUAGCUCUCCUGUCCCUGCCAUCGCAAUCCUCGAAGUCAACAUCUGCCUGCAAUCUUCCUUCCCUUUACGGAAGGUCUCACAUCCCCACAGGACCAGUGUGGGGGCAAGCAUAUACCCAUUUGUACUAAAGAAGGAAUGACCUCUCUCAUCACCCCUAGCAAAGAGUUUAGCUAAGAAAAAAAACAACCCCCCCCCAACAAAUUCUGGUUAGCAUGCCUUUCUAUGUCAGCUUUCAAUGUCAAUUUUGCUGAAAUGUUUUUUUUUGUUGUUUUUUUUGAGUUUUUUUAAGACCAAAGGUAAAACAACACACACAGAU